AUGAGGAUCGAGGACGAAGAGGUGGGAGUCCAGGAUGAUGGUUUCCCCAUCCUCUCUGUGGACAAGCCCGGAUGGUGGUGGGUCGUCCACACCUGCAACGACAUCUACAAGCUGGACCCUCCCGUCAAGGAGGACACGGUGAAGGAGCUGAUGAAGUCCAUCGGCUUCGGCUACCCGGGUGGCCCCGACCGUGCCGCCAAUCUGGAGCUGCCAGUGACUUCCUACUCCGGCGGCUGGAAGAUGAAGAUGCAGCUCUGCGCUGCGCAGCUGAUGAACGCUGACGUGCUCAUGUUGGAUGAGCCGACUGGACAUCUGGACGUCGACAACAUCAAGUGGCUGGAAGACUGGCUGGAGUCCUUCGAUGGCAGCAUCAUCUGCACCUCCCAUUUCAGCCCAUUCCUGGACAAGAUGUGCACUCACAUCAUCGACUUCCAGGACAGGAAGUUGAAGACCUUCAAGGGCGUGAAGGGCCAGACCCUCACCCAGUUCGUCGAGAAGUACCCGGAGAAGAAGUCAUACUUCGAGAUCAGGAACGACAACAUGCGGUUUGUGUUCCCCGAGCCGGGCGCGCUGGAGGGCGUGAAGAGCCGCAGCAAGGUCAUCCUGCGCAUGAACAACGUGAGCUUCACGUACCCUACCAAGGACAAGCCCACCAUCAUGGACGUUAGCUUGACCGUGUCCCAGGUGAGCCGAGUCGCCGUGAUCGGUGCCAACGGUGUGCUGGUGGGCGAGCAGCUGCCCACUGAGGGCACCAUCUGGAAGGCUCAGGGCCUGCGAAUGGCAUACGUGGCGCAGCAUGCCUUCCACCACUUGGAGAAGCACAUGCAGGAAACUCCCACGCAGUACAUCAUGUGGCGCUUUGCGGGCAACGACGACCGCGAGAGCAUCGAGUUCAAGACCGAGGACCUGUCCGUUGACGAGGAGAAGGCACGUGCCAUGAAAUGGUGCAUCGACUCCGUGACCGGCAACGUGAAGGCCAAGCAGGACGAGGCCGGUGCCGUUGUCCCGGAUGCCAUUGUCAACCGCCGCCAGAAGAAGAAGGAGAAGACCUUCGAGUACGAGGUGAAGUGGCAGUUCAAGUCCAUGGAAAACAACACCUGGGUGGAGAAGGACACCUUGGUGAAGAUGGGCUACAUCAAGCUCGUUCAGCGUGAGGAUGAGCGUCAGGCUGCCAUGGCAGGACUGAUGACGAAGCAGCUCACCCAGCCGGGUGUGGAGAAGCACUUGGCAGACUUCGGUGUCGAUGCCGAGUCCGCAAGCCACACGCAGAUCAACCAGCUCAGUGGUGGAAUGAAGGUGAAGAUCGUCCUCGCGGCUGCCAUGUGGCAGAAUCCGCACGUGCUCAUCCUUGACGAGCCGACCAACUACCUGGAUCGCGACGGGCUGGGUGCCCUGGUUCUGGCGAUCAAGGAUUACAAGGGCGGUGUCCUCAUCAUCUCCCACAACAAGGAGUUUUGCGACAGCGUGGCCACCGAGAAGUGGAUCAUGCAGGCAGGCCGCUUGCGCAUCGAGGGCGAGUCUAUCGACAACUCCAAGGAUGACGGCGAUGCAAACAAAGGCCCUGAUGAGGUCUUCGAUGGUGCCGGCAACAAGAUCGAAGUCAAGAAGAGC